UGUGACAACCACCAGCGGCGCUGGAGCGGGUCCGGCCUGCCAAAGGGAUCGCUCUGCAAACAGCAGCCUGGUGCGCGGCGCUCUCCCCUCGCCGGGGACAUGGACUCCGACGCUAGCCUGGUAUCCAGCAGACCUUCCUCUCCGGAGCCCGAUGACCUCUUCCUCUCUGCCAGGAAUAAAGGCAGCAGCGGGGGCUUCUCGGGAGGCACAGUGUCCAGCUCCACCCAGAGCGACUCCCCUCCGGAGCUGAGCGCCGAGCUGCGCAGCGCCAUGAGCGCGGCCGGGGUGGUGGUGGUGGACAAGCUGGGCUUCAAGUCUUCCUCGUCCUCCUCCUCGUCCUCCUCUUCCUCCUCCUCCAAGAAGGACAAGAAGCAGAUGACGGAGCCCGAGCUGCAGCAGCUGCGGCUGAAGAUCAACAGCCGGGAGCGCAAGCGGAUGCACGACCUGAACAUCGCCAUGGACGGGCUGCGGGAGGUGAUGCCCUACGCGCACGGGCCCUCGGUGCGCAAGCUCUCCAAGAUCGCCACGCUGCUGCUGGCGCGCAACUACAUCCUCAUGCUCACCAACUCGCUGGAGGAGAUGAAGCGCCUGGUCAGCGAGAUCUACGGCGGCCAUCACGCCGGCUUCCACCCCUCCGCCUGCCCGGGGGGCAUGGCCGCCCACUCCGCCCCGCUGCCGGGGCACCCCGGGCAUCCCGCCUCCCACCCCGUGCACCACCCCAUCCUGCCACCCGCUGCCGUCUCCAGCGCCUCCUUGCCCGGAUCCGGCCUCUCCGCAGUCAGCUCCAUCCGACCCCCGCAUGGGCUCCUCAAGUCGCCUUCGGCCGCCGCCGCCUCGGCCCCACUGGGCAGCAGCUUCCAGCACUGGGGAGGGAUGCCCUGCCCGUGCAGCAUGUGCCAGGUGCCCGCACCGCCUCACCACCACGUCUCCAGCAUGAGCACAGCCAGCCUGCCCAGAUUAACCACCGACACCAAAUGAACCCCCGGGG